AUCUUCCUUGUGUUAGUGUGUAGCACAGCAGCAGAUAUGCUGCUUGGGAGAGCACUGCUGGUGCUCCAGAGCUGUGAAAUAAUCAUCAGUCCAAUUCUGCACCAUUUAAAGUAAGCUGCUGUGAGAGCAGAAAGUGUGUCCUCUCAUUAAAUCACAGCAUGGGAACAGGAGGCCACUCCAAGCACUAAUUGUCCAGCAGCACUCUUGCCAAGGAUGCUAGAAGCAAAGAAUCAUCAAAGUUAGUGAAGGUUUCACUCCAAUAGCUGAAUAGCAAGUGAGAGAAAAGAAACAUCAGUAGCACAAUACACUUUUUUUUUUUUUUUGCUGUGAUUUUUUUUUUUUUUAGCUAAAAGAAGCAGAACAAGCCUUAGAGGGGAUAGCAAUCUUAAAGAAAUGAGGAGGAAAGGACAAAGCAAGAAAUUUUGUCUUAGAAAAUGGCAGUAAUCUACAUUCCUGGUACCCUGACUGAUCAAAUGAAUGGUAAUUGGUGUAAGGGAACGAGAAAAACCAUACACAGGCAUCCAAGCUGAAUAUAAGGACCUGCUGGAUCAGACGCAAUGAAAGUAGAGGAGGCGAUUAUACAAGUUGUGUCUUUUAUUUGCUCCCAGUCACUGGAUGGAGUGGAUAGAACUGCCUGUGAUAUGUAUGCAGAGUGUUACCUGCUCAAGGGAUGUAUCAUCACAGCAACAAGCUAAAUGAUUCUGCUAUGGAAGAAAAAUAAUUUGAUUUUACCACGUUUAUACCAAGAAGCAAAAAUCAUGAAGACUUUUGCCAGCCUUCAGGUAUUUGUUUUGGCCUUAUUUUCCAAAGGAGUUUUGCUUUCUUCAAGUGAUCACAAUUUUGUGAGGAAAGAAAUAAAGAUUGAGGGAGACCUUGUCUUAGGAGGUUUAUUUCCAAUAAAUGAAAAAGGCACAGGAAAUGAAGAAUGCGGCAGAAUCAAUGAGGAUCGAGGUAUACAGCGUUUGGAAGCCAUGCUGUUUGCUAUUGAUCAGAUUAACAGAGACAGCACACUACUACCUGGAAUAAAACUAGGCGUUCAUAUUCUGGAUACCUGUUCUAGGGACACCUAUGCUCUGGAACAGUCACUGGAGUUUGUAAGAGCCUCAUUGACCAAGGUGGAUGAGGCAGAAUAUGUUUGUCCAGACGGCUCACUUGCCAUUCAAGGAAACAGCCCAUUACUUAUCGCUGGAGUCAUUGGUGGCUCUUAUAGCAGUGUCUCCAUACAGGUUGCAAAUUUGCUAAGGCUCUUCCAUAUUCCUCAGAUAAGCUAUGCUUCCACCAGUGCCAAACUUAGUGAUAAAUCACGUUAUGAUUACUUUGCAAGGACAGUGCCACCAGACUUCUAUCAGGCAAAAGCAAUGGCUGAGAUCCUGCGUUUCUUUAACUGGACGUAUGUAUCUACUGUCGCUUCUGAGGGAGAUUACGGAGAGACUGGAAUUGAAGCUUUUGAGCAAGAAGCACGACUAAGAAAUAUCUGCAUUGCCACUUCAGAAAAAGUUGGAAGAUCAAAUAUUAAAAAGUCCUAUGACAGUGCUAUAAGGGAAUUGCUACAAAAGCCAAAUGCUAAAGUUGUGGUUCUUUUUAUGCGCAGUGAUGACACAAGAGAACUAUUGGCAGCUGCUAAUCGAUUUAAUGCUUCCUUUACCUGGAUUGCCAGUGAUGGGUGGGGUGCCCAAGAAAGUAUUGUGAAAGGCAAUGAACACAUUGCUUAUGGGGCAAUUACAUUAGAACUGGCUUCCCAUAAGGUUAGGGAGUUUGACAAGUAUUUUCAAAGCCUUAAUCCCAGCAAUAAUCACCGCAAUCCCUGGUUUAAGGAUUUUUGGCAGCAAAAAUUUCAAUGUAGCUUGCACAACAAGACUGACAGACCAUGUGAUAAACGCUUCAAUAUAAACAGUUCUAAUUAUGAACAAGAGUCCAAAAUAAUGUUUGUGGUAAAUGCUGUAUAUGCAAUGGCUCAUGCUCUUCAUCACAUGCAAAGGACCCUAUGUUCAAACACCACAAAGCUGUGUGAUGCCAUGAAAACACUAGAUGGCAAAAUUCUCUACAAGGACUAUCUGCUGAAAGUUAACUUUACAGCUCCAUUUAUUCCUCUAAGUGCAGACAGCUUUGUGAAGUUUGAUGCUUACGGAGAUGGGCUUGGUCUGUACAAUGUAUUCAAUUUCCAGUACAACAAUGGAAAAUACUCCUACUUAAAGAUAGGCCAGUGGGCUGAAACCCUGUCCUUGGAUUUUGACUUGAUACAGUGGUCGAAGAGUAUGGUGCCAACUUCACAGUGCAGUGACCCAUGUGCACCAAAUGAAAUGAAGAGUAUGCAACCAGGAGACGUUUGCUGCUGGAUCUGUAUUUCAUGUGAAACAUAUGAAUACCUGGCAGAUGAGUUUACAUGUAUUGACUGUGGUCCAGGCCGGUGGCCAACCUCAGAUUUGACUGGUUGCUAUGACCUACCAGAAGACUACAUCAAGUGGGAAGAUGCAUGGGCCGUUGGACCGGUGACCAUUGCGUGUCUUGGCUUUAUCUGUACAUUUCUAGUUGGAGGAGUUUUUGUCAAGAAUAACAGUACUCCUUUAGUAAAAGCUUCAGGGAGAGAACUUUGCUACAUUCUACUGAUUGGUGUAUUUUUGUGCUACUGUAUGACAUUUUUCUUCAUAGCCAAACCUUCCCCAGUUAUUUGUGCUCUACGCAGAUUGGGACUUGGGACCUCUUUUGUAGUUUGCUACUCAGCUCUUCUUACAAAAACAAAUCGCAUUGCCAGAAUUUUCAGUGGGGUGACAGAAGGUGCUCAAAGACCUAAAUUCAUCAGUCCCAAAUCUCAAGUCAUCAUAUGUCUAAGUCUUAUCUCAGUUCAGAUUGUCAUUGUGUCUGUGUGGUUAAUGUUGGAGUAUCCUGGAACCAGGCGGUUUACAAUUCCAGAGAAGAGGGAAACUGUUAUACUAAAAUGCAAUGUCAAGGAUUCCAGUAUGUUAAUUUCUUUAACAUACGAUGUUGUUCUAGUAAUUCUAUGUACUGUAUAUGCCUUCAAGACAAGGAAAUGCCCAGAAAAUUUCAAUGAAGCCAAGUUUAUUGGAUUUACAAUGUAUACAACUUGUAUAAUCUGGCUUGCAUUCCUUCCCAUAUUCUAUGUGACAUCAAGUGACUACAGGGUCCAGACUACAACCAUGUGUAUUUCUGUAAGUCUAAGUGGUUUUGUAGUGCUAGGAUGCCUGUUUGCACCAAAAGUCCAUAUCAUCCUAUUUCAACCACAGAAAAAUGUUGUAACACACAGACUUCAUUUAAACAGAUUCAGUGUCAGCGGAACUGCAACUACAUAUUCCCAGUCUUCAGCCAGUGCACACUACACACCAACCAUUUGCAAUGGAGGAGAAGUGUUAGACUCCACUACAUCAUCCUUAUAAUCCUUCUAAACAUUUCAAUCCAAUUGGUUUUUAGACUGUUAGAAUAUAUUAUGCACUUGCUGUGCAGUCCUGUCUUUUUUUUAGAAGAAAUAUUUUUGAGGACUGUAUAAAAUGCUGUUCUAGAGGUUUAAUGAAUACUGUCAUCUACAGAUAUAGAGACCAUGUAAAUAUGCUUUUAUUUGUAUUCUCUACACAUCUCGCUGUGUCCACCAAUAAUGAUGGCAUUGACCAUUUCAUAUAUGGGUUGUGUCAUUUUCUAUUAUGUUUUUUUGUAAGCUAAGUUAAGGUUGUAACUAAUUUUAAAAUGCAUUUUAAGUUACUGAUAGUUACAGAAUAUGUAACUGGUUGUUUUUGCACAACUGCAGCAGUAUUAAUGUAAAGAAGCCAGUAAAAAUCCUUUACAAUGGUUUCCAGCA